AUGGAACAAUCUUAUUUAGAUUAUUUAAAAAAUUUGGAGAUUGAACAAUUAAUUUGGACAAUAAUAGCCUUAUUUGUUGUUACCAUUUUUAUAGUUUUCAUAAAUUUAUUUACAAAUCGAACAAAGAAGGAUACGUUUCUCAUACUGGGGCAAAGUGAUUCUGGAAAAACCUUGCUUUAUGUUAAGUUACGAUAUAAACAAUCCACUCAAACUCAUACUUCAAUGAAAGAAAAUGAAGGAUAUAUCAUGAUUGAAGAUAAUGGAAAACCAUUAAUAAAAGAACCUAUUCAUAUAGUAGAUGUACCGGGACAUGAAAAACUAAGAUUUAAAUUCUUGGAUUUUGUGCCUAUAACGCGAGGAAUUAUUUUUCUAAUUGAUAGUUCAACUUGUGUCAAGAAUGAUAUUUCAAAACGAAAAAUUCCUAUAUUAAUUGCGUGUAAUAAAAGUGAUUUGAUAACAGCUUUACCACCUGAACGAAUACAACCAAUUUUGGAAAAUGAAAUAAAUCGUUUACGGUCAACUCGUACUGCUGCAUUAGAUCAUCAAGAUUCAUCUGAAGAUGUAGAAUUUUUAGGUUAUGAAAAUAAUGAUUUUAAAUUUGAACAUUUGGAAAAUGAAAUGCAAUUUGAAAAAUGUUCUGUUGAGAAUGAAGAAUUUAAAGAAAUUAAGGAAUGGAUUGCAAAAAUAUUUCAUAAUAGAAAGUAA